AUGCGGUCGCCAAAUGUGAUUGCCCUCGUCAAUGACAUUGAACGACUGGGCGAAGCGCAGGAAUGGGAUCGGAUUCGAGAAUUGUUUCAACGCGCGUUCAUCAACAAAAUCAAGUUGCACCCAGCAGUGUACACUGCUGGUAUCAAGACGCUCGGAGAAGGCGCGUACUGGCGUCAAUCAUUGGCCUUGGUCGGCGAGUUGCGGAAAGCAACGCCAACACCAGGAGUGGCAAGUUUCAAUGCUGCAAUCGGCGCGUGCGAAAGAGCUGGGGAAUGGCAGCAGGCGAUGUCAAUGCUGAGCGAACUAAGGCAAGCGAAAUCGGUUCCAGAUGUCGUAACGUACACCUUGACAAUGAGCGCGUGCCGAAACCCAGGUGGGAGGGCGUAUCUGCCAUUGUUGUUGGAUGAGCUUCUGCAAGAUCAGUUGCAUCCAGACCUUGUUGUCCACAGCCUUGCAAUCAAGGAGUGCGAGGCCGCCAGGAGUUGGCAGCAUGCGUUGGCUUCGAUGAGCGACCUGUUGCAGACGAAGAUGGGGCUUGAUAUGACGUUCUACCACGCUGCAAUCACCACUUGUGAUUCCCAGGGAGACUGGCAGCAGGCGGUGCAGUUGCUGAAGGGGAUGCGACAAGCGAGUGUGAAGCCAAACGUCGAGGUCUACAACAGUGCAAUCAGUGCGUGUCGCAAAGGACGGGAGCGACAGCACGUGUUCGCGCUCCUGGGCGAGUUGUCGCAAGGACAGCUCAAGCCUGACAUCAUCACCUACAACGCCGCGAUGUGGGAGUAUGCGGAGGGCGGGAGGUGGCUGCAGGCGUUGGCGUUGCUCCGCGGACUGGCGGGUGUUAGUAUACAGCCCGACGUGAACAGCUGCUGCGCUGCAAUCACGGCGUGCGAGGGAGUUGGCAAAUGGCAGCACGCGAUGGCGUUGCGCAGCGAUUUGUUGCAAGAAGAAGAUGAUGGGAAGGCAGCUGCCAUCGGAUAUACCAUUUUGAUCAACACGUGCGCACAGUGGCGACAGGCUUUGUCGUUGUUGGACGAGUUUCGCCGAAGAAAUUUGGAUCCAAGCUCCAUCCGAUCCAGCUAUAACCCUAUAUUCAGCAUGUGCGCGGAGAGCGGCGAGUGGCAGCAGGUGUUGGCAUUGUUUGCCGAUCUUCUGUUAGCACAGAUGGAGCCAGAUGCAAUCAUGUACGAUGGUGCUAUCAGCGCGUGUGGGAUAAAUGGUGAGUGGCAGCAGGCGUUGUCGCUAUUUUGUGAUAUGCCGCAGGCGAAGCUGAAUCCAAACGCCAUAAACUUUCUCGCUGUAAUCACCGCGUGCAGGACAAGCAAGAAAUGGCAGCAGGCGUUGACGUUGUCAAACUCGUUUUUUCGGACCAAGCUGCAUCCGACCGUGCAGAUCUACAACGCAGCGAUGCGCAGCUGCCAGGUGGGAAUGACAUGGAAACACGCGCUGCAUCUGUUUUGGCAGAUGUGCGAUGGAAGGUUGGAACCGACCGCCACAAGCUACAAUGCUGCAGUAGACGCAUGCUCCACAGGCAGAGCCUGGAGGCAGGUGCUGGGACUGCUGAGCGAAGCUUUGCGGGCGGAGCUGGAGCCAGAUGUUGCCCUUGCUCUUAACGACAAGGCAAUCACCGCCAGCAAGAGUUGUGGGGAACCGCGAUCAAUAUAG